UUUCAGAAGUGGAGCAGGACACAGAAAGAGAGAGCAGAGGAGAGAGGAGCCGUGCGAGAGGAGACAGAGACAAGCAUUUGGGAUAAUUUUUCUUGUUUUCUCGGCUUCCAAGCUUUUCAGAUUCGUGAGUUUUGAUACCUUGAACUUGUUUGGGUAACGUUUUUGAAUGUAUUUAUGCAUUUGGGGAACACAAAAAUCCAUAAAUCCAUAAAUUUUGAGAGCUAGAACUUGACUACUUGACUUUUAAACCAAAGAUUUAAGUUUUGGGGUUUGAAAAAUCAACCACCAAAACUUUCAAAACUUUUUCUUGCAAUUUUCACCUUUUUUGUCUGGAUGUUUUUGGGGGUUUGCUUUUUAAACUCAAGACAUUCACAAAUUGAAGAACUGAACUGCAGAAAUCCACACUUGGACUUGAAGAUUGCCAUCCUAAAAUUUCACCAGAAGAACUUUUUCCCAUUUUUACUUAUUUUGAUGACUUGCUUUGAAAUCUACCACUCAAAAAAUCUCAGAAAUCUUGGUGAGUUUUUGCAAGUCAGAACUUUACGAAUUCAAACUUAUCUCGGACUAAAACCAAUCGUCCACUCGAGAUGAAUUUAUCAGAAUCCAGUUUUCUACACCCCAAAAGAGUGUCGAUGGAAGGACCGUGGGCAUCGGGGACGCCCAGCCCGGAGUCGGACGGGGAGAUGGGCUUCGAGCACAGCCUGUCUGGGGACUGCAGCUCUCCGGACAGCGGGAGCGGGAGGACGGGAGCCAGGAUCUCGGGGGGACCGGGGUCGGGGGAGCAGAGCCGAGGAGGUGCCCAGGCCGAGGGGAAGGGCGUGGGGGGAGAGCAGAGGAUCAGGAGGCCCAUGAACGCUUUCAUGGUCUGGGCCAAAGACGAGAGGAAGAGACUGGCUCUGCAAAAUCCAGACCUCCACAACGCGGUGCUCAGUAAGAUGCUCGGUCAAUCGUGGAAAGCCCUGAGCGCCUGCGACAAACGCCCUUUCGUGGAGGAGGCCGAGCGCUUGAGGGUCCAGCACCUCCAGGACCAUCCCAACUACAAAUACCGCCCUCGCCGCAAGAAGACCACCAAAAAACUCAAACGCGUCGAACCGGGCAUCCUCCUCCACAGCCUGGCCCAGGGAGGAGCCCCCGGCCUGGGCAUGGGCGACAACCUGCCCGGGGCCUCAUCGUACGGACAUCCGGGCUCCCACUCCUCGCACCACCAUCACCCCCACCACCUGCUGCCUUCACUGGGCCACUUCCAGGACCUUCCUCCCUCUUCGCACCCGGAGCUGGAGAGCUACGGUUUGCCCACUCCGGAGAUGUCACCGCUGGAUGUUUUGGAUGAUUCCGGAGCGGGCGAAUCCGUGUUUUUUCCGCAACACAUGCAAGAAGAAAGUGCAAUGGGCGGGAGCUGGAACGGCUAUCACCAAAUUCAACACUACAGCCAUCACUACAGUCAAAACACGCAAACGAUCAGCUUAAAUAGUAGCGCAAACUCUACUUUAAGCCCUCUAAGAAGCUCAAGAGUCGAUAUCGAUUCGAAUUCUAGAUUGAACCAAAUUCCUAGUCACCAUAUCGCGCUAAGAAAUCCAGCCAAAUGUUCGAUUCCAGAUUCUACUUCGUGUUCGUCCAACCAGCCGAUCAGCUACUACAGCCAGAUGUACCCCGCCAGCACAACGCCAAACGCCAACCCGUUUGCGUCGACGAGUUUAGGCCAGCUAUCGCCGCCCCCCGAAACGUCUUGCGCCAAUUCUACCGUUUCGACGUUUUUACACCCGAUUCAGCACAUAGACCAAUCCAACGCCAACUUGUCAAACUUGGCCGCGAACGAUUUUUGGUCAGAGGUCGAUAGACACGAGUUCGAUCAGUACAUGCGGAGGAACAGAGAGGAGGUUUACGCGUCGAAACUUGGUCGUGGUAGCAUCGGGGGAAGCAUGAACGGCGGUGUGAUCAGUAGAGAUGUAGGGAGCAUUAUGGGUAGCGGUAGCGGUUGCGAAGACGCCAGCAGUCCGCUCAUUUCGGCCUUAUCCGACGCUACGAGUGCGGUCUAUUACAGCGCGUGUAUCAGCGGGUAAAGAAUUAGAAGAUUGCUGCUAUUUUUUGGAUCUAAAUAGUAAAAAAAUAUAGCACAAACACACAAAUU